GCAUAUAGUGUACUUGCCCUUAUCCAUCUCCUUCAUCAUUUGCCAACGCUCCAUUAUUUCUCACAUAUAUAUCUAUCUUUCUACCAGCAGCUUAGCUUGCAACACUAAAUCAACCAUGCCUGCAUUAGAAAUUGAGGUGCUCUCAACAGAGACCGUCAAACCCUCCUCUCCAACCCCACCCCACCUCCGCCGCCACAACCUCUCCUUCAUCGACCAACUCAACCCGCCAGUCUUCAUGCCCAUGGUCCUCUUCUUCCCUAAAGACCCCGACGCCACCGACUCCACAUACAUACAACAACGCUGCACAAGAAUCAAACUAGCCUUAUCCGAAACCCUAACCAAGUUCUACCCCUUAGCAGGACGCGUCAGGGAAAACCAAUACAUCGACUGCAACGAUGAGGGUGCCCUCUACGCCGAAGCCAAAGCCAAUGUCACCAUCGCGGACGUCAUCUCAAACCCUAUCCCUAACGACUUCAACAAGUUCCUCCCAUGCGAACUCGACUCCGCACACGAACUGGGCGUGUGCCUACAGGUCACGUCGUUCGUAUGCGGCGGUAUGAGCAUCGCCAUGGGUAUGUCCCACAAGGCCGGAGACGCCUUGGCUUAUUUCAGUUUUCUCAACAGCCUCGCCGCAGCCACGAGGGGCGAGGUCGACGCCGUACCCGCACCCGAUUUUGUGUCCGACAAGUACUUCCCGCAAAUGGACUUGUCCGGGUUUUACCACCCUACGAACGGGAUGGUCAAAGACAACAUUUCCACCAAACGUUUUGUGUUCGAGGCACCAGAAAUUUCGACACUCAGGGAGAAAUGCACCGGAGCCCAGAACGAACACGCUCGGCGUCCUACCCGUGUGGAGGCCUUAUCGGCCUUCAUAUUGAGCCGAUACGCAGCAUCCUGCAACAACCCGAAGCAAAUCGACAGAUCUGAUGAUGUCCCGAAGACCUACAUGGUGUCUCAUGCGGUGAACUUGCGGACGAGAAUGGAUCCACCACUUCCGGAGUAUACUUUCGGGAAUUUGAGCCGAAUGUCACAAGCGAGCCCACCAGUGCCCGUGGGCCCCAAAGACGGGUCGGUGUCCGACUCAACACUACAAGCCAUAGUGAGCCACGUCAGAGAGGGGCUCAAGCAAGUCAACACGGAGUAUGUAAAGAAAUUGAAAGAAGGGCACCAGCACUUGAGUUUAUUGAAAGAGCGCACCUCGCAAGUGAAACGAGGGGAGUUGGUGCCGUUUAGCUUCACGAGCCUUUGCAGGUUCCCGAUGUACGACGCUGAUUUUGGAUGGGGGAAGGCUGUUUAUAUGGGGUCGGCCAGUUUGACGUUUAGAAACUUGGUGAGUUUCUUUGACACUCCAAGCGGCGAUGGGGUGGAGGCGUGGGUUAAUUUGAGGGAGGAAGACAUGGAAAUAUUUGAAGCUGAUGAGGAGUUUCUCAAAUAUGUUUCACCCAACCACAGUUGGAAGAAAUCGGGGGUGAAAACUUUGAUUUACUAGCUUUGGCAUAUAAUAUAUAAAAUUUGCUACCUUACAGUAAUUUUCUUUGGUUAAUUUUGUGUGUUAUAAGUUUCCAAGUGUAAAAAAGUUUAUUUCUAUAUUUUAAAUCAUGUGGUGUAAUGUGUUUGGUGUUCAUGAUCAAUUAAUGUUGUGAAAUAAGAUGGAAGAAUUAACUAUUCUAAUUGUUUUUUGUGUA